UCCCCCAACCCCGAGGAGCCGCCCCCCGAAACCGGCCCGGAGCCCCCCCGGGACCCCCCCGGGGAGGAUCCCCGAGUUUUGGCCUCGCGACUUUUCCGCCUGGACGGGGUCAGGAAAUCCCAGGUGGCCUCGUUCCUACGGAAAAACACGGAAUUCAGCUCCAGGGUGGCUCGGGAAUAUCUGGAAUUGUUCCAGUUCCAGGGAAUGAGCCUGGAGCAGGCGCUCAGGCAGUUCCUGCGGGCUCUGGUGCUGUCGGGGGAGACUCAGGAGCGCGAGCGGGUCCUGGGGCACUUCUCGAGCCGCUUCCACCGCUGCAACCCCGGUGCCUUUCCCUCGGCGGACUCUGUUCACACCCUCACCUGUGCCCUGAUGCUGCUCAACACCGACCUGCACGGCCAGCGCCUGGGCCGGGCCAUGAGCAGCUCCGAGUUCGUGGCCAACCUGAGCGGGAUGAUGGACGGGCAGGACUUCCCUCGGGAACAGCUCAAGAGUUUGUACGGAUCCAUCCGGAGCCAGAAAUUGGAGUGGGCGACGGAUGAUGAGGAUGAGGCUGAGCCCCAAAAUCCCCCAGAAUUCCCAAAUCCCGGAAUUCCGGCGGAGCUGCCGGGGGGUCCCGGCCCCGCCCUCAGGGGGGUCCUGGCCCGGAAGGUUCUGACGGAGAGCGACGGGAAAAAGGCUCCCUGGGGCCGGCGGGGCUGGAAGCGUUUCGGGGCCGAGCUCCGGGGCUCCUUCCUCCUCCUCCUCAGGGACCCCCCCGAGGGACCCCAGGAGGUUUUGGGGCUCCCCCACGCCCUGGCCCAGCCCCACCCCAAAUACACCAAGAGACCCCACGUGUUCCUGCUCUGCACCGGGGACCGGAGACAGUUCCUGUGCCAGGCACGGAGCGCGGGGGAGCUGCAGCGCUGGGUGGGGGGGAUCAACCUGGCGGCGGCGCUCAGCUCCCGGCCCCCCCUGCCCGCCGCCAUCGGCUCCCGGCGCCGCUUCGUGCGCCCGGUGCUGCCCGCGACGCCCAGCCAGCACGGACCGGAGCAGCAGCUGUGUCACCUGCGCCGUUGGUUGGGGACAGUGACGUGCCAGCUCCUGGAGCACCAGCGGCUCCGGCCCGAGGGACGCGGCCGAGAACGGGAGGAGCACCGGGAACACGGAGAGUGUCUGCUGGAGGAGCGCCGUCGCUCCCAGAUCUACGUGCAGACCCUGGGGACGUGGCUACGCGGUGACAGCGGUGACAGCGGUGACAGAGGGGACAGAGGGGACAUCCCGGAGUGUCCCGAUGUCCCCGGGGCCCUUGGGGACACCCUGGAGUGUCCCGGUGUCCCCGGUGUCCCCGGUGUCCCCACCCUGACCAAGGCCAGCUCCAGCCCCUCGCUCGUCCCCGAGCCCCGCCCGGGGCGCCUGCGCCGCCACAUCUCGGAGCGCAGGGCCAGCAGGAGUGUCCCCAAGGGCCACCAGGAGUGUCCCCAAGGGCUCCUGUGACACCAGGAGUGUCCCCAAGGGCCACCAGGAGUGUCCCCGAGGGCUCCUGUGACACUGGGAGUGUCCCCAAGGGCCACCAAGGGCUCCUGUGACACCAGGAGUGUCCCCAAGGGCCACCAAGGGCUGCUGUGACACCCCUGAGUGUCCCCAAG